AUGGCCACCCCCAAUCAAAAAGUCCACCCUUGCCUCUGGUUCGACACCCAAGCCGUCGAAGCAGCAACCUACUACACCACCCUCUUCUCCCAAAGCCCCAACAGCGACAGCAGAGCCUCCUCCCGCAUCACCUCUGUCUCCGGACCCCUUGUCACCUUCACCCUCGCUGGCCACGAGUACUCUGGCCUCAACGGCGGGCCGCUUUACAAACACAGUCCGGCGGUUUCGCUCUUCAUCACCUGCGAAGACCAGGCGGAGAUCGACCACUUCUACGACAGUUUCAUCCGGGACGGCGGGCAGGAGAUCCAGUGCGGAUGGCUGACGGAUAAGUUUGGUGUGUCGUGGCAGGUCGUUCCCAAGGCGCUGAUGGAGAUGAUGAAUGACGCGGAUCAGGCCAAGGCGGGCCGCGCGAGGGAUGCGAUGAUGAAAAGUAAGAAGUUUGAGAUUGCAAAGUUGACGGCUGCGUUUGAUGGAGUCGAACAGUGA